AGUAAAGGCGCAAUUUCAUUCCAGAGUUAUUCAACAAGCUCCUUCGACCCGAAGCAGCCGCCAUUGGCCUCUGGCUGUCUUGACAUGCCAGAUGGCCACAGUUUUGGCUGCACGGGCUCCAGCGACUUGCGAUCAGCGGUCUGGUAACUCCGGCAAUGGCGUUGUGCUCCUCCAUCCGAACCCCAUCGAGCCUGUAAACAUCGCGGCAGUUCAAAGUCCGGAUGGGGAUUCUUCCAGCGAUGCAACGGUACCCUCUACUGGGUCUUCCGCAACUGACGUCGAAACCCCAGGUUCGCUCCUUUCCGCGCCACAGGGGGAUGAUGGUGUCCUCAGCGACCUCAGCAGAUAUAUCGCAGUAGGCUGUCUCCACUUUGAACAACCCUACGCGUUUAAGACCGGGAAUCCACAUACUAUUCCCGAAUGGACGGAGCUCUUCUUCUCGAACCUACCGGAUGAAUUAAAACUCAUCAUUGGAUCGCACGCUUCAUCUCUGUUACAGGCUCGUUGGAUCCGACUAUUCCUCCAUCAAAGCACUGCAAAGCCCCUUCCCAACACUUUGAUCCGCUUUUACCUACUUCCGGAGGACUGGGGGCGCCGCUCGAUCGACCGCCAAAGCAGGAGCCUGAAAACAGCUCUGCGCGAGCUUCUAAGUCAGGUCGACACGUCUCCAGAAGCAUGGGCCGGGAACCACAGCACGACAAAUAUUCAGUUAUUUGACCCUUGGGCCAGUGCCGAGAAUGUCUCGCUGUUCUAUCUUUUCAACAGGCUACCAUCGCCUGCCCCUUCUCCCGACUUGGUGAAGAACAGAUACUCCCGGAAUGCGGUCCUGGGUCUCCUGGAAGCUGCAUCGUCCGGGUAUAUCGAUGACGAGCCCAUUCCAGGGUUGAAAACAAAGCUUUACCCGUAUCAGGCACGUUCUGCUGCUCUCAUGGUACAGCGAGAGGCUGCGCCGCAACUCCAACUAGACCCACGACUCGAGGUAAGGCAGUCGCCAGCCGGGGAGACGUAUUUCUUUGGAGCAAGAGAUGGGUCUUUCCUGCGGGAGCCGAGAUAUUACGAUUCCCCGCGCGGCGGCGUUCUGGCAGAGACCAUGGGCUUGGGUAAAACCAUCAUUUCUCUGGCAGUGAUAUUGGCAACUAAGGGACAUAUGCCUCUGAUUCCGCCAGCCUAUCAGCCAGCUCCACCAGUCCGAAAGCGCGUAGGAUCACUCGCGCAGAUGGCCGCGAGUAACAUUGGACGUAAGGCCGUCCCGGGAAAAGCUUUCCUGGAGAACCUCGAAGCAGCAGAAGGCAUCGAUUUGAGUCGCUGCAAGCAGGCCCUUGCAGAAAAUAUGCCGUACUAUGAGAUACCUCCGGAAAUUCCGCGAAUGAACAGAACUACGAGAAUCCCACCGCCCCGGCAGCUUGUGAUGUGCUCAACUACCAUCAUAGUCGUCCCGCGAAAUCUUCUUCAUCAAUGGCAGAGCGAGAUCCAAAAGCAUGUUGUCCCUGGCAGUCUUAAGGUCCUGGUGAUGGACUCCGCAUCUAGGCGAGACAGCAAAUCUGGACGCAUGGAAAUAGAGGGGAUUGACGUUCUGAACAGCUUACCACCCCCUACCGAGCUCAUGAAGUACGAUAUCAUCAUCUUCACUCGGAAUCGAUUCGAGCAAGAGAUUCAAGAUGGCCAAGAUGAGAAGGGUCGCCGUUUCGCAGCAGGAGUGCCUCGCCAUUGUGAGUGUGCCUAUAUUGGGGCCACAAGACUGCGUGACUGCAAUUGCUUGACGGAAGUCUACGAGUCACCACUCAAGAAGCUGCAUUUUCUCCGUAUCAUUAUCGACGAAGGCCACAACUUUUCAUCCGGCACAUCAAACGCGGUUCUCGUCGCCAAACAAAUCAAAGCUGAAAGACGCUGGGUGGUGUCGGGCACGCCGGCUAAAAACUUGGUCGGCGUUGAACUAGACCUGUUCACGCAAGAUGGGAAUGAGGCCGAUCCUACAUUGCUUCGUGAGCUAGCGAUGGAGCAGAGGAAAAAUUUCAGUCUUGACGAUGAGGAUAAUACAAAGGCUGCGAAAGCUCUAGGUUCUCUCGCAUCGCACUUCCUCAUGGUCCAACCAUGGUACUCCUCGACCUCCGAGGACAGGUUGGAAUGGGAUGAUUACAUCUAUCGCCACGAGCAUCAAUACAAGAAGACGUAUUCCGGCUUCUCCUCUUGUUUCCUGCGGGUCCUGGAAGGCUUGGUCGUAAAGACUAGACCGGAAGACGUCGAAAGGGACAUACAACUGCCGCCCAUGCGCCACCGUACCGUCUACUUGAAACCAUGCUGGUACGACAAGAUGACUGCAAAUCUUUUCGUCCAGGUCCUACGAGCGAACGCCAUCACUAGUGAACGCUCCGGUGUGGAUUACCUCUUCCACAGUAGCAGCACCCAGGCGCGACAUAGCUUGAUCAGGAAUUUGAGGCAGUCCAAUUUCACUUGGACAGGUUUCAGUCCAGAGGAUAUUGUGAGUUCGCUGGAGACUACGAGCAAAUACCUCGGCAAGAAAGAGAAAAACUGUACUCUUGAGGAUGCCAAACUACUGUUAGAAAGCAGUAGCAUCGUUGCGGAACUCUUGAAAUCGGAGGGUUGGGUUGCUCUGAGCAAGGCCCAUGAGAUCGGUUUAGCAGUUGAGGACUGGCCCGCCGAGUCGGAACAUCUGUUCGCGCUGGCUUACAAAAACCCGGCAAUGAUAGGACUGACCCAGCUAAUAGAUGGUCAAUCGCACGUGGACCAACAGAUAUUGCAAGAGAAUCCAGCCGAAGGGCUUGACAUAGUCGGGCGGAUGGCGCAGGCUAAUCUGCAGGCUUUGCAGGAGGUGGAGAAGACCACUAUCAAACGUGAAGUCGAUGAGCGCGGACAUCAUGGUAUGCCAAAGGCAGCAGUACCUUCUUCAUGUGUGGGCGAUCAACCCUUGACGAGCAAGACCAAGCUGGCCGUCUCUACCAAAGCACGACCCAGAAAGUCGCCAACCAAGAAGAUACUAAAGAGGCCUGUGGCGGGACUUAGCACGCCUGAGAACGGACACAUUCAAGAGCUGGAUACAAUCAAACUAUUUACGCCCAAACGUGCAGGCGAUGCUCAACCGAACGGGCCCUUCACAUCAGGAGCUGCAUCUCGCCUCGACCCUACUCCCGCAUCCACAAACUCAAUAACAACUCCGUCACGUCCCAAAAAGCGCAAACUCACCCUCACCGACGAACUCGCCACUCUCCCACCCACGUCCCCACUCCUCCGCACCCGAAUCCUAGGCACCACGUCCUCCAAACUAACCUAUCUCAUCUCCACCGUCCUGGCCCACCACCUGACUUCCAAAAUCCUCAUCUUCUACGACGGCGACAACGCAGCCUACUGCAUCGCGCAAAUGCUCGAACUCCUCUACAUCAACCACCGCAUCUACGCCCGCCAACUCGACAACAUCAAGCGUGCGCAGUACGUCAAGCUGUUCAACGAGGACCCGGACGUCCGAGUCUUGCUGAUCGACGUCGCGUGUGGCGCGCUGGGCCUCAACUUGAACGUCGCGAGCGUCGUGUUGAUUGUGAAUCCGAUCAACCGACCGAGCAUCGAGGCGCAGGCUAUCAAGCGGGCGCAUAGGAUCGGCCAGACGAAGGAGGUCCUGGUCGAAACACUAGUUCUUGAGGGUACGAUUGAGGAAGCGAUUUUCAAGCGGGCGAAGCAGAUGUCGCGCGGCGAGCAUUUGGAAGCGAAAGAGUUGGAGGAUGAUAAUCAGAUUGUGAAUAUUCUUCAGAAUGCGGAGGUUUUGCCGAUUGAGCCCGGGGAGGGGGAGGGGUUGAAUCAGUUUGCGCUGUUUGAGGAGCCGUUGCAGGUGUUUGGGAGGAGUGGGAGGGAGAAGUAUCAUCGGUUUGGGCAGGCGGAGGGGAAGGGUGAGAGGCCGGCGGCGAAGAGAGCGAGGGCGAAAGGGGAUGCUGGCAAGGCGAAGAAGGGAGAGCGGAAGGAGGUGGUGGAUGCGGAUACGGGUAUGGGGUCCGCUGGUGCUUUACAGACUCUGGAGAGGAGCAUUUUUGGUGGGCUGGAUGGGCAGCAGUAGACACGGGCGAUAUCAUGCGUCGAAACAUCUGGCAGCAUAGCUAGGACACUGACCGUGGAUAUUUUAGGUGGGGUUUACUGUGCAUAAGGAACAUGAGGAUAGAUAGCAAAGCGGCUUGGGCGCAUAUUUAGGUGCUGUUACCGUCUAUAUAGGUCUGGGGCCAAUCUCAUGGAAGGUUGGACUGCUUGCACAAGGACGUUAUGAACACACCAUAUCGAAUGAAUGAAAACAUAUGAUCCU